UGGUCACCAUCUUUCGUUCCAGCGUAGGCCGCCCGGGAAGAGAGUGAGGCCGACCCGCAAGAUGCUCAUGGCGGAACGCUUCCGGCACUCGCCGCCACGCAACCUGCCUUCUCCCUCUUACGUAUAAGUAUCUGCGUCCGUAUCUCUCAUCUGCUUCUGAUCCCGUCGCCGCCCACCACUAUGCCUCUCUGCGCCUCCUCUCUUGCGUUCUCCCCUUCCAUCAGAUGGAGGCCGAGAUGCUCCGCUGGGACUGGGAGGACAGCUCCGGAGAAAGGUUCUCAGCCGUGCGAUCGGACGUCUGAGUUAUCCUUCUCAGAUGGGGAUUUAGGCCCCGUCCGCAAGUUCAGGAUGUCGGAUUUCGCCAUCUGCGAUCGCGUGAGCGUUGGCCUCCAGGGGAGAAGGGACGAGGUGAUCUUUGAGGCCACGGUUAGGGAUUCCAAUAGCCCGUUGUAUAACUCGAGGGUAGUGCUUCGAGAUCUCACUAGCGCGCAAGCGAAGCGGCGAGGUAGACGAGCAUUGGAGGUUUUGAAGAAGCUUGUGCGGCGGCAGCUUAUGUAUCACUCUUACGCGAUGCAAGUUCAUGGUUAUGUUUCCCCAUCUGGCAGCGAGGAGGGAGACCCGUUCAUCCUGGUGCAUGGUUAUCAAGGGAGCUAUUCCCUGAGGCAUUGGCUUCUGUUAUCGGACUGGCUUCCGACAUUAGAGGCAACCCUAGCUUUGGAUGAAGAAUGGGUUAGGCGGGUUGGGGAUGACACCAUAGGAGGGCCUGAUGUAACUCGGCAAUUACGCCUUAUUAGAAUAAUAAUGAGGGAUCUUUUAAUUGGUGUGAAUUAUUUGCAUAGCCAUGGAUUGGCCCACACCGAGUUAAGACUGGAGAAUGUGCAUAUUUGUCCAGUGGAUAGGCAUAUUAAAGUAGGCAUUCUAGGAAAUGCAGUUGAUUUACAUAACGAUGAUAACAAUGGUGCUAUGACUGGUAACUCAGAUAGGAAGGCAAUGAUGAUUGCCUUUGACAUGAGAUGUGUUGGUUUCAUGAUGGCCAAGAUGGUUCUAAAAGAGCUUAUGGAUCCUUCAACCUUUACGAAAUUUAAGUUGUUUCUGAAUAAGGGAAAUGACUCAUCAUGCCUACGAGAAUUCCUUUUGCCAAUUCUAUGUCAAGACUCUCCAUCUGGAAAUGCUGGUUUGCAAAUGCUGGAUAGGAACUGGGGUGCUGGUUGGAACCUGUUAUCGUUGUUUCUUGCUACAAAACCAUUUGCAAGAAUAAGUUGUUUGGAUGCAUUGAGGCAUCCAUUUCUUUGUGGACCUAAAUGGCGCAUAGACCCAUCUAUGGAUUUAAUUAGGUGGGGAUUAGGAUCAACCGCUGUCAGAAUGUCAGAAGAUUAUAUCUAUGGAAGGCAUCAGCGCCGGAGGCUAGCUUAUUUGAUUGAACUGAUGGAGUUACUGAAUCCUCAUCCUAAGUUAAAGAACUGGAUGGAAAUUCUCCAUGGUCGAUGGCGUCUGCUAUACUGCACAGGAAGACACUUGGGACUAACCCUUCGCCAACCUUCCCGCAGAGUCAUCAUCGGAAGCGCAUACCUCACUUUCACCACCUCCGACAACUCCGACGAACCUUCUCUUCUCCUUACUUCCAACAUAAGCUUCAAGAUCAUGCCGAUCUCUUCAUGGCCUCAUGAUAAAUCCGGCUCGCCUGGAAGCUUGCUUGUCAAAUCGAAAGCCAAAAUAACAUCCGGUAGAAGAUUGUACCUCAGAGAAGAAGACGGCGCCAUGCCGAGCCACUUCAGCUCUCAGGAAUCCAUUUCGUCGGCUCUGUUGAGCAAGAAAUGGAAGGGCGUUGGGUCCGUCAAGGAGCUUCCGUACAGUCUCCCAGCUGCAGAAAUUCUCCACGGCGAGAUCGAUGUGUCGAUGAACCUGGAGCAAUCGUCGUCACCUUCAGCCAUUGGUGAAGCACAAGCUGUGCUCAAAGAGGUCAGAACUCAGAUCCCGCCGGAAAUGUUCGAUAUUUCUAAGCUUGUUUGUGGUACCUAUGUUGACUCAAGAAUGCUUGUCCUUCGUGGGGUUAACGGCUCAGCUUUACUAUUCACGAGAUCCUGUGCUUUAAAUUAGAUUUGUAGUUGUUAUUUAUGGUAGAUUAACGUUGUCAUUUGUUAUUUGUAUUAUUCUACUUGAUUCAAUGAUCUUACCAUUUGUAUGUAGUAGAUAUGAAGCUUAAUAAAAUUAUAAUAAAAUUGA